AUGGUCAUUCGUCACUUUGGACAGCUUAUCUCUGUUUCGAAGUGCUGUACUGCUUUAUUCCGAACAUACACCAGAGAACAGGUGAAGCUGAAAUUUCCUGCUUCGGCGAGAAAAUCAAAACCGUCUACCUCGACCUCUCGUUCGCUCCCGUUUGUCGUCGAGUCUUAUCUCGCUGCCACCGCUGAUUUCUCAGACAAAAACAACGAUCAUGAACUCAACUCACCUGGUUUUAGCGAAGGCACCGGAGUAGCCUCAACUACACCAGCAGAAAGUGAUGCGUUAAAUUCAGAGAUGCAGCUCCUGGGUCACAGUGACCCCGUGGAAUCAGUUUGCAUUGAGGACGAUGAUGCACUCAGACCUCUGUCAUUUCACUGCAGCGGUUGUGGGUCUCCGCUCCACUGCCGCUCGGCCGAGGAUCCUGGUUUUAUUACUCGAGACAAAUACUUAGCGUUGCAAUCCGAAUCCAAGCACAAGCUGUUGCGUCGGGGAUACGCAUUGAACCGUGCCCCAGCUGUAUGCCAUCGGUGUACUCUACUGAUCAAACAUCAGCGACCACGUGUAGUCCAUCUGCUUCUACGGAGCUCAUCGCCUCCGUCAUUGGGAAUGAGAUAG